AGUGUUUUGAACGGAUCCCGUUCCCACUACUGCUUGUUUCCGUACGGAGAGAUUUCUUGCAGGACUCGCAUGGACGAAACCGCCCCAGUGUUUUCGUUUUGCCAAAAAUGUCAGGACUAUCAGAAACAGAGCGUGCUGGAUUUACGAAGAUACUGAGCCUAAUGACAAAAUGCGACUUACUGUCACUCAGUGAUACGGUCACGAAUAAGAUGAUAGUCGUGGAAAACAUUACGGAAGCUAAAGAAACCAUUCUCGCCUUCACUAAAAAUGCCGAAGAGCUCCUGAGGAGGAAAAAGGUUCAGCGUGACCUGAUAUUCAAGUACCUGGCUACAGAAGGUGUGGCGAUGCCCCCAAAUAGCGAGAAACACAUGCUUAUAAAGAGGACCCUGGAGCUGUGGUCCUCUGUAAAGGUGGUGGAUGAAAACCCUCAAGGAGAGGCGGCUUCCUCAGAUGUGAACUGUGGGAUGGGCUUUGAUCCACUGGUCCUCGGCCAGCAGUUCUGUCAGUGGUUCUUCCAGCUGUUGAACAGUCAAAACCUUUCACUUGGCCAACAGCCCCAAGACUGGGGACCACAACAUUUCUGGCCUGAUGUGAAGUUACGUCUCCUCUCCAAAGCUGGCAGUGAGCAGAUGGAGGAGUUUCUGGGUGCUGAUCUGGUUAGUUGUCGAUUCUUGGCACUGACCAGGGAUGAGCGUCUCCUCUUUAGUCCCAAUUUGGAUCCCCAUGGCCUCAAAGCCUUGACCUCUCGUCAUGGCUUGGUGUUGGUGGCUGUGGCUGGGACUAUUCACAGAGAUUCAGUCUGUCUGGGAAUCUUUGAACAAAUAUUUGGCCUUAUCCGCUCUCCUCUGGACAACAACAGCUGGAAGAUAAAGUUUGUCAACCUGAAAAUCAGAGGGCAGGAUGCUCUUAGUGGGACAGAUGUGCCAGCACCUGCUUUGACCUACAAUUCCAGUGAACUGCAGCUUCUCUGUAGCUGACAGUCAAGAUAGAUUAGUUUUAGAUUUAUUAGUUUUAUUUCCUUUCACAUUAUUUAUCCAAAAGUGGUGGUUUGGCCUUUUGGUUCUACUCUACACUCAUCUUAUUUGCAUGAACACUUAUUUUCUGGGCAUUUGGGACCUCAUAUUGCAUCUAAUAACUCAUCUGAUACAACCCUAUCUUCUAACUUAUAGGCUGUCAUGCAAUAAUAUAAAGGUAGACUCAAACUGAUGCAUUUAAAUUGAAUAUUUGCAUCAUAACAUGCAAAGCAGAAUUCUCAAAGAUUAUCCUAGAAGGUAAAUGGAUGGGCUGCUUUAAAUAUACUGUACCUUUUUGCAAAGCAUGUAGUGCUUUGGAAGCCUGUGCCUUAUGUAAAAUAUGUUCAAUGUAUACAUUUGUGGUAUAGUAACAGUUAUACUGUCACUCAAAAGAUCUCUUAGAAAUGUAUUUUUUAGGAAAGAAAAGCACAUUAAAUUUUAUUUCAGCUGUAAAAAUGAAAAGAGUUGUAAGUGACUAUGGUUUUUAAUUGACUAUGUUCAUGCAGAGCAGCCAGCAUUUCAGUGUCACAGCAGGACAUUGAGAUGCCUAAUGCAGGUUUAUAAUGCUAAUAGGCUUUUUUUUUUUUCUGAGAUGGCACAACUGAAAGCAGUUAUACUUGUUCAAAAAACAGUAAGCAAGAAUAGGUAUCAGCCUUUGCAUGUUUUAUUGUCUGAACAAAAGCAACCAAAUAUCUUCUGAAACUCUUCAGGUUAUUCUCGUUUAAACAAAUUCAUGCUUUUUUCAUGCUGACAGUUGUUAAAAUGCAUCUUCCCUCACAGAACACAGCAAACUAACACAGCAGUUUUAUCCGUGCCAACAUAACUGCAAAGGAUUUAACAUAAACUUGCAUUAGGCAGCACAAUGUCCCAACAGAUGGUUGUAGAAAAUGGGCACCUGUGUGAUAUGUAGGCAUUUUAUUCAAGUUGUUCGCAAUUCCUUUAAUCGGUGCCAUUCACAACAUUUCUCAAUAAUUUACUGUUGGAUUAAAUUUAAUUUUGAAUGUAUGUUUUUUUUUUUUAAAGGAGUUUUAUGAGUAACAAACUUUUGAGAUGUAACGUAGCCAUUUAUUAACAAAUAAAUAUCUGUCUUUAUGUGACACUACAAAGU